UCCUUCCCUCUUUGUAGGAUGGACGAGGAGUCUCCAGAUGGGCUGCUCUUCAAAGAUCAUGACUUCUCUUCUGACUUGUUGAGGCAGCUCAACGGCUUAAGGCAAAGCAGCAUCCUGACUGAUGUGAGCAUCUGUGCUGGUGCCCGGGAGAUCCCCUGCCACCGCAAUGUGCUGGCCUCCAGCAGCCCCUACUUCAGGGCUAUGUUCUGCAGCAGCUUCCGGGAGACAAGUGAAGCCAAAGUGCAGCUGAAAGGCAUUGACCCCCCAACCCUGGACCAGAUCGUCUCCUACGUGUACACGGGGGAGGCACGCAUCGAUGCUGACAAUGUCCUUCCCGUAAUGGAGGCCGCCUCCAUGCUACAGUUCCCCAAGCUGUUUGAGGCCUGCUCCUCAUACUUGCAGAGCCAGCUGGCCCCCAGCAACUGCCUGGGCAUGAUCAGACUCUCAGAAAUCUUAAGCUGCGAGACCCUCAGGAAGAAAGCCAGGGAGGUGGCACUGACGUCCUUCCCAGAGGUGGCCGCAUCAGCCGACCUGAAGGAGCUCUGUGCCUUGGAGUUGAGAGACUAUCUGGGAGAUGAUGGGCUCUGUGGGGAGGAAGAAAAGGUGUUUGAGGCCCUCAUGGUUUGGAUCAAGCAUGACCUCCAGGCCCGGAAGCGAUACAUGCAGGAACUGUUCAAGCAGGUCAGGCUGCAGUACAUCCACCCGGCCUUCUUCCAACACUUCAUCGCCAACGAUGCCCUCCUGCAGUCCUCACCUGCAUGCCAGAUCAUCUUGGAGACCGCCAAAAGACAGAUGUUCUCUUUGUGUGGCACCAGCGCCCCAGACUGCAAACUCCUAUUGCAUGUCCCUCCAAGAAACUCUUACCAAGAUUUCCUCAUCCUCUUGGGCGGAAGGAAGGACAGCCAGGAGACCACCAGGGACGUCCUACUGUAUAGCAAACAGACUGGCCAAUGGCAGAGCCUUGCCAAACUCCCGACACGGCUGUACAAGGCCUCUGCCGUCACCUUGCACCGCAGCGUCUACGUGCUGGGGGGCAUGGCUGUCAGCUCAGGGAGGAGUCUGGUCAGUCAUAACGUCUACAUCUUCUCCCUGAAACUCAACCAGUGGAGGCUGGGGGAGCCCAUGCUGGUGGCCCGCUACUCCCACAGAAGCACUGCCCAUAAGAACUUCAUCUUCUCCAUCGGGGGUAUUGGAGAAGGGCAGGAGCUCAUGGGCUCCAUGGAAAGGUAUGACAGCAUCUGCAAUGUCUGGGAGAGUAUGGCCAGCAUGCCCGUGGGGGUGCUCCACCCCGCAGUCGCUGUGAAAGACCAAAGACUCUAUCUCUUUGGAGGAGAGGACAUCAUGCAGAACCCUGUGCGCCUUAUCCAGGUUUAUCACAUUUCCAGAAAUUCGUGGUUCAAAAUGGAGACAAGAAUGAUCAAGAACGUGUGUGCCCCUGCAGUGGUGCUCGGGGAGCGGAUUGUCAUUGUGGGAGGUUACACAAGGAGGAUUCUUGCUUAUGACCCUCAAUCCAACAAAUUUGUCAAAUGUGCGGACAUGAAAGACCGGAGGAUGCAUCACGGAGCCACAGUGAUGGGAAACAAACUCUACGUGACGGGCGGGCGGCGGCUGACCACGGACUGCAACAUUGAGGAUUCCGCCUCCUUCGAUUGCUACGACCCCGAGACGGACACCUGGACAUCCCAGGGACAGUUGCCACACAAGCUCUUUGACCACGCCUGCCUCACUCUCCAGUGCAUACCCCACACAUUCGCCCUCCCAUGAGGUCGACAAGAAACCUUCUGUCCUAGUCAAAAUGCCUUCUGUUGCAAGGGACACAAACCCAGUUCUAAAGGGCUUAACCCUUAAAGGCUGCAGGGAGAGCUCACAAGACUGAGGUACCAGAGUCGGGAGGCCUGGAACUAGGCAUUGCAUUGCCAGAACUCUCUCUCUCCUUCUCUCCCUCUCUAUCUCUCUCCCCCACCUC